AUUAUCAUGUUGUGAAAUGCAAAAAUUAAUUAAAAACCCUAUAAAUACCAACAAUACUUGAAGGUCCUAAAGUGAAAUACAGUACUUUUAUUUAGUAUUAUUGUGUCCUCAUUAAUGAUUAUGUAGAUAUUACUCUAAUAUCGUAGUAAGCACACACUAGGUUGAAUAAACAAUCGUUCAAAAUGUCAGACGCCGAAGUGGAAGUACUCAGUACUUUUAAAAAACGUAAUAUUAAGAAUCGGGGUGGCAGAAAACGUAAAACUUCUAGUUCAGAAGAGAAAAACAGCUCGGACUCUGAUGAGCAACAAGUGGUUCUACCAACGAAAAGGGUGAACAAACCAAAUCCAAACAUACAGUCUACAGCCGGUCCGAAGAAAUCCAAAAUUGAUGUCAUUGAAGAUAAUGAUGAUAGUAAUGAUGAAGAAAAGACUUCUCAAAGGACAACACUAUCGGUUCAACAACAGAGAGAGAAUGCAACAGCUACCUAUGAAUUAGACACAGAAAGGGAUAGAGAUGCCCAAGCCAUCUUUGAGAAGGCUCAGAAGAUCAAUGAAGAGUUGCACGGACAAGCAGAUGAUAAGAUAUAUCGUGGGAUAAACAACUAUGCCCAAUAUUAUAAAAAGAAAGACACGGCAGCUGGUAAUGCCAGCUCUGGUCUAGUCAGGAAAGGGCCCAUCAGAGCUCCAGCAAACUUGAGGGCCACAGUCAGAUGGGAUUAUCAGCCUGAUAUAUGCAAAGAUUAUAAGGAGACUGGCUUUUGUGGAUUUGGUGAUUCAUGUAAAUUCCUUCACGACCGCUCUGACUAUAAACAUGGCUGGCAACUGGAACGCGAGGAGCUGGAGACACCGGGACAAGAUGGAGAUUCGGAUUACGAGAUCCACAGCGAUGAGGAGCUACCGUUCAAAUGUUUUGUAUGCAGAGAGGGAUUCACAAAUCCUGUUGUUACCAAGUGCAAACACUACUUCUGCGAGAGAUGCGCUCUGGAGCAAUACAAGAAAUCGACCCGUUGUUUCAUUUGCAACGCGCAGACCGGCGGCGUGUUCAACCCUGCCAAGGAACUGGAAGCCAAACUGAAGAAGCGACUCAGCGAUGACGAUGAUGAUGAUGAUGACAACGAUGAAUGAUUGAUAAUAAAAUAUGACUU